AUGCCUGAUAUUUUUGACCCCAGCGCUCCAGGUGUAACCAGACAGAUGAUGAUUGAUUGGAUGCAUAUCCAUCAUCCAAUGACUACACUGAGACCAAGAAUCGGUACAGACGAACUUUCGGACUUGGUGCGAGGGAAGCAGCCUGCGUUCUUCCCAAAGCUCACUAGUCAUGUGCCUGCUUUAGCAACACUUGAUACUGCAAGCAAACCCGUGGCUGAAUCAUCAAAACAUGGAAACAUCACUCAAUCGCACACCACAAACACGAAGCAGAACACCCUUUCUCCAAUCGAAACCGUCCAACAUCACCCCCCAAAAAUCAACACCCUUCAUGAGAGCUUGAUCAAGAAGACGAAACCAGUCUCUUCAUCACCAUCACCGUCUUUGCUUCGAAAGCGUGGUGUGGCUUUAGACACCGGAAGUGAAAAUGGACCAAGUGUCAAGCAUGUCAAAACAGGAGAAUCUAAGGUAUCUUUAGAAUCCAAGGUAUCACGCGUGCGCAAGACCAGUACCGCGCAUAAAAAGAAAAUUACACCGAAGCCUUCUGAAAUAGACCAAGGUCCAUCUGACACGACUCAAAGUGAAAUCAGCAAAACCAAAGCGGUCAAGUUUGAAGAAUCCGAAAAUACGUUGAUCACAUUGUCAAAUUUAGAACCUGAGAUUUCAAGUGCUGCUACGAGUGGGACCGUGAAAAUCAAACACAGAAUUCGUAUCCCACCUAAGCCUGAACUCCCGGCCACAACCAAUGAGGUCAUGGACCUCAUCGACUUUUCAGACACAGAUAUUUUGGACACUGGGAAUCUAGUGAUAGGUAAGGAUAUCUCACCAAUCUCUUUCGACACAUCAACAAAUACGCCAACUGCAGUCAAAGGCGUCAAAAAGUCUGGAGUCGAAGUCUUUCUAGAGGAAAGAAGCCGCGAAGAACGCAUCUGUGCGCUCGAAGGUUCUAAAGCGCAGAUGGCAGAGAAGAUUGAAAUGAAUUCGAAGACCCUGUUUCAACACAGCAUGCGACUAGAGGAAAUUGAUCAUUCGGUUUCCCACCUCCAAACCAAUGUAAAUCGGCUUGAUGGAGAGGUUUCGGUCAUUUCUACCCUGGAAGCCAAGCUUGAGACUUUACAGAAUCAAGUGAUUGAUUUGCGUCAACAAUUGAAUAUUGCAAGAGAUGAUAUCUCCACGCACGAGGAUGUAAUUGCCCGCAUGAUGGAGCAGGAUGAAACAGAAGGCAGCUCGGACGCCUAG